AUGUUUAGCACUUCUCAUCCUCGAAGUCCAAUAUCUUUGGUAUGUGUGGCUGAACACAAGUGUUAAUGUUAAAGGAAGAUGUGUGUUGAAUGUCCUUAUGAUCACGGAAUAGAGAUUAAAUAAGCAGUUCCAAUUAACAAAUUUCAUGAAAUGUUUCUAAAGAAAUUGUAAGAAAAUCAGUUGGAGGAUACAUCAGAAUUAAUUAAAUAGAAAAUAAGCUUCAAAUAACUGCUAUCUUAAACUGAAGCAAUUAUGAAGAAGUUAUGGGAAGAUUUAGUAACUUCGAUUAAAUUGAUCUAUGAGAUGAUUGAGUAAGAAAAUAAUUCUUACAUUAAUCUCAUAAGAAAAAAUGAAAAUUUAGCAGAAUCUUUUAUAAUGAUUUGGAAAAACUAGUGUAAAUACAGAAUGGGAGAUUUUUAGAUGAUUGGAAUUAUAAAAAGAUUUUUUAUGUGACGAAAUUGGAUAAAGCAAAGUAGUGGCUAGAAAAAGAAGUGAAAACUUUCAAUGAAAAAUUUAAACAAGAAAUGAAUGAGAUUUUUUAGGAUGUUUCGGUAUAAUUUAACAACAUUUUUAAAUAGGAUUGA